AUGGAUCUGUCAGAGUUUGGAGAAGCUGCAGUCUUCCUAAGAAGAACUGAUGCUGAACGGCUUCCGCUACCACCUAUGGCCCUUGAUGGGAAGAAGAAAUGUUGGGUUCGUGAUGGGAAGAAUGCUUAUAUUGAAGCUGAGGUUAAAGGGAGUGAAGAUGAUGGAAAAAUAAUUGUAGAGACUAAAGAUGGAAAGAGUCUGAGUAUCAAGCAGGACAAAAUUCAGCAGAUGAAUCCUGCAAAGUUUGAAAUGAUUGAAGAUAUGGCAAUGUUGAUUCACCUCAAUGAAGCAUCUGUGCUACAUAACUUGAAGAAACGCUAUGAACAUUGGAUGAUCUAUACAUAUUCAGGUGUCUUCUGUGUGGCCAUAAACCCUUACAAGUGGCUUCCAGUAUAUCAGAAAGAAGUUGUAGCUGCCUACAAAGGGAAGAGGCGAUCAGAAGCUCCCCCUCACAUCUUUGCUGUGGCUGAAAAUGCCUUUCAAGAUAUGCUUCAGAAUCAAAAGAAUCAGUCUAUACUCUUCACAGGAGAAUCUGGUGCUGGAAAGACUGUGAACACAAAGCAUAUUAUCCAGUAUUUUGCCACUACAGCAGUCAUGCAUGCAUCCAGGAAAAAGAUGCAUGCAUCUCAGGGGACAUUAGAAGAUCAAAUCAUGCAAGUGAAUCCUAUCUUGGAAGCAUUUGGACAUGCCAAAACUCUGAGAAAUGACAACUCGUCUCGUUUUGGAAAAUUCAUCAGGAUACAUUUUGGUCCCAGAGGCACAGUGUCAUCUGCAGACAUCAAGAUCUAUUUGCUCGAAAAAUCCCGGGUGAUGUAUCAGCAGCCUGGAGAGAGGAACUACCAUAUAUUUUAUCAAAUUCUAGCUGGAAAAAAAGAACUUCAUGACAUACUCCUGGUGUCUGCAAAUCCCUCUGACUUUGACGUGUGUUCCUGUGGAGUGGCUGCUGUGGAGAGCUUGGAUGAUGCUGCAGAAUUGCUGGCCACAGAACAAGCCUUAGAUGUCUUGGGAUUUCUUCCUGAUUGGAAGUAUGGAUGCUACAAACUCAUUGGAGCCAUCAUGCACUUUGGAAACAUGAAAUUUAAACAGAAACCCAGAGAAGAGCAACUGGAAGCAGAUGGCACAGAAAGUGCUGAAAAAGCUGCUUUUCUGAUGGGUAUUAAUUCCUCUGAGUUGGUGAAGGGCUUGAUUCAUCCUAAAAUCAAAGUUGGUAAUGAAUAUGUUACCAGAAGUCAAAAUGUAGAACAGGUAAUCUAUGCUGCUGGAGCCCUGUCCAAGUCAAUAUAUGAAAGGAUGUUUAAUUGGCUGGUGGCACAUAUGAACAGGACCUUGGACACCAAGCUGACAAGACAGUUCUUCAUCGGCGUUCUUGACAUUACUGGUUUUGAAAUCCUUGAGUAUAAUAGCCUCGAGCAACUUUGUAUUAAUUUUACCAAUGAAAAAUUACAACAGUUCUUCAAUCAGCACAUGUUUAUUCUGGAGCAAGAGGAGUAUAGGAAAGAAGGCAUUGAAUGGGUGACUAUUGACUUUGGUCUGGAUUUGCAAGCCUGCAUUGAUCUCGUUGAGGAGCCCAUGGGCCUCCUUUCCAUCCUUGAAGAGGAAUGUAUGUUUCCUAAGGCUACAGAUGUGAUUUUCAAGACCAAACUCUUUGGUAACCAUUUUGGAAAGUCAGUUUAUUUCCAGAAGCCCAAACCAGAUAAGAAGGAGAAACAUGAAGCUCAUUUUGAACUUGUCCAUUAUGCAGGAGUGGUUCCUUAUAACAUCAGUGGUUGGCUUGAAAAGAACAAAGACCUUCUUAAUGAAACAGUGGUGGCCAUAUUUCAGAAGUCUUCCAAUAGACUCCUGGCAAGCCUUUUUGAAAAUUACUUUAGUGCUGAUAGUGCCAUGCAGUUUGGGGAGAAGAAACACAGGAAAGGAACUUCAUUCCAAUUGGUUACAUCUCUGCAUAAAGAAAACCUAAAUAGAUUGAUGACUAGUCUGAAAUCAACAGCACCUCAUUUUGUGAGAUGCAUAAAUCCCAAUGUGAACAAAAUACCAGGUACAAUGGACCCUUUCUUGGUUCUACAGCAGCUGCGUUGUAAUGGUGUCUUGGAAGGAAUUAGGAUGUAUCGUGAAGGUUUUCCAAAUCGAAUGCCAUAUGAUGAUUUUAAACAAAGGUACUGCAUUCUAAACCCAAGGAUCUUUCCAAAGAGCAAGUUUGUGAGUAGUAGAAAAGCAGCAGAGGAACUACUUGGCUUUUUGGAGGCAAACCAUACUCAGUACCAGUUUGGAAUCUCUAAGGUGUUUUUUAAAGCUGACUUUCUGGGACAAUUGGAAAAAAAAAGAGAAGAGAGACUGUCUGAAGUCAUCACAUUGUUCCAAGCUAGAGCACAAGGCAAAUUGAUGCGAAUCAAAUUCCAGAAGAUUCUGGAAGAAAGGGAUGCACUUCUUUUGAUCCAGUGCAACAUAAGAGCUUUCAUGGCUGUGAAGAACUGGCCGUGGCUGAUGCUCUUUUUCAAGAUCAAGUCCCUUGUUAAAUCUGCAGGAGUGAGAGAAACAGCUAGACUGAAGGAAGAGUAUGCACAACUUCAGAAAGCCUUGGAGAAAUCAGAAUCUCAGAAGGAGGAAUUGAAAACAAAGCAAGUCUCUCUCAUUCAGGAGAAGAAUGACCUGCUUCUUCAGCUGCAGGCUGAGCGACAGACCCUGGCAAAUGCUGAAGAGCAAUAUGAGUUGCUGAUUAAAUCCAAGAUCCAGCUGGAGGCCAGAGUCAAGUUGCUGUCUGAGAGGGUGGAGGAAGGAAAGAAGAUAAAUUCUGAGCUGACUGCCAGGGGGCGGAAACUCGAAGAUGAAUGUUCUGAGUUGAAGAAAGAAAUCAAUGACCUGGAAACAAUAUUGGCGAAGUCAGAGAAGGAGAAGCAUGUGACAGAGCACAAGGUCAAGAACCUGACUGAAGAGGUAGAGUCUUUAAAUGAGGAUAUCAGCAAACUUCAAAAAGCCAUCAAGGCUGUGCAGGAGGCCCAUCAGCAGACCCAGGACCAACUGCACAUGCAGGAAGAGAAACUGAGCACCCUGAGCAAAGCAAAUCUGAAACUGGGACAGCAAGUUGAUGCACUGGAGGGUGCCCUUGAACGGGAGAGAAAAGUGAGAAUGAACUCUGAGAGGGAAAAGCAUAAACUGGAGGGUGAUUUGAAGAUGAACCAGGAAAAUGUGGAGAACCUGGAGAGCAGCCAGCAGCGGCUAGCAGAACAGCUGAGGAAGAAAGAAUUAGAAAUGAUUCAGAUGAAUUCUAAGGUAGAGAAUGAAAAAGGCCUGGUGGCUCAGCUUCAGAAGAUGGUUAAAGAACUUCAGACUCAUAUACAAAAUUUGAACGAAGAACUGGAAGCUGAAAGGACCACUCGAGCCAAGGUGGAAAGAGAGAGAGAUAACCUUACCCAAGACCUAGAAGACCUGAGUGAGAGGCUGGAGGAGUCAGGAGGGACCAGUUUGGCUCAGAUGGAGAUAACUAAGAAACAGGAAGCAAGAUUCCAGAAGCUUCAACGAGACAUGGAAGAGGCCAUGCUGCACUUUGAGGCAACUUCUACCUCUUUGAAAAAGAGACAUGCAGAUAGCCUGGCUGAGCUGGAAAGCCAGAUAGAAAAUCUACAGCAGGCCAAACAGAAACUGGAACAUGACAAGAGUGACUUGCAGCUAGAAGUAGAUGACCUCCUGACUGAGGUUGAGCAGAUGACUAGAGCUAAGGCUAAUGCUGAGAAACUCAAUAGUCUGUGUGAAGGGCGCUUGAAUGAAACAAACACAAAACUGGAUGAGAUGACUCAGUUGGCAAAUGACCUGACAGCACAGAAGACAAAACUGUGGAGUGAGAGUGGUGAGUUACAAAAGAGGCUGGAAGAAAAAGAGAUUCUGAUAAACCAACUUUCCAGGGAAAAGAAAAACUUUACUCAGCAAAUUGAAGAAUUGAGAGAGCAGCUACAAGAAGAAACCAGAUCUCAGAUUGCCCUGGCCCAUGCCCUGCAAUCAGCCAAGCAUGACUUUGACCUUCUUCGAGAACAGUAUGAGGAAGAACAAGAGGUCAAGGCUGAGCUGCAUAGGGCCCUGUCCAAAGGCAAUACUGAAGUGGUGCAGUGGAGAAUGAAGUAUGAACAUGAUGCCAUCCAGAAAACUGAAGACUUGGAAGAUGCCAAGAAGAAGCUGGCAAUUAGGUUGCAGGAGGCUGCUGAAGACAUAGGUGUGGCCAAUGCCAGGAAUGCCUUCCUGGAGAGGGUCAGGCACCAACUGCAGCUUGAGCUCGGGGAUGCCCUAUCUGACCUUGGGAAGUCCUGCUCUGUGGUGACUGCAUUGGAACAGAAGCAGCAACAGUCUGACAGGGCCCUUGCUGACUGGAAGCAGAAGCUCGAGGAGUCCCAGGCUUUGCUGGAUGCCUCUCAGAAGGAGGCCCGGGCUCUCAGCACCGAGGUCCUCAAGCUCAAGCAUGCCUAUGAGGAGAGCUCUGAGGGCCAGGAGACACUGAGGCUGGAGAACAAGAACCUCCAAGAACAAAUUUCUAAUCUCAUGAACCAGGUUAAAGAAGCAACCAAGAACUUAACAGAAAUGGAAAAAGUCAAGAAACUGAUUGAGCAAGAGAAGACUGAAGCCCAAGCAACCCUGGAAGAAACAGAGGGAGUUCUAGAAACAGAAGAAAGCAAAAUUCUUCAUUUCCAGCAUGAACUAUUGGAAUCAAAAGCAGAAUUUGAACAAAAGCUUUCAGAGAAAGAAGAAGAAAUUGAAAAAAUUAGGAAAAAACAACAAUGUGCUAUUGACUCCCUGCAAUCUAGUCUGGAUUCUGAAACUAGGAGCAGAAUUGAGGCUACUAGGCUAAAGAAUAAGAUGGAAGGGGAACUGAAAGAGAUGGAGCUCCAGCUUUGCUCUGCCAACCGGCAGCUGUCACAAACCACCAAAUCCCUGGGCCAGCUUCAGAGUCAAAUGAAGGACCUUAAAGUGCACCUGGAUGACAGCACACGCCUGAACAAUGACCUGAAGGAGCAGGUGGCUGUGGCUGAGCAGCGCAAUUCUCUUCUUCAGUCUGAACUAGAGGAACUGAGAUCCUUGCAAGAACAGGCGGAGCGUGGGCGUAGGCUGGCAGAAAAGGAGCUCCUGGAAGCCACUGAAAGAAUUAAUCUUUUCUAUACCCAGAACACAAGCCUCCUUAGCCAGAAGAAGAAACUGGAGGUUGAUGUUGAUCAGAUGCAGAGAGAAACUGAAGGAGUGGUGCAGCGGUGUCAAAAGGCAGAAGAGAAGGCCAAGAGGGCAGCCACUGAGGCAGCAAACCUAGCAGAAGAAUUGAAGAAGGAACAAGAUACCAAUGCCCACUUGGAGAGGAUAAGAAAGAAUAUGGAUCAGACAAUUAAAGACUUACAAAAAAGGCUGGAUGAAGCUGAACAGACUGCCUUGCUGGGGAGCAGAAAGCAAAUUCAGAAACUAGAAUCCAGGGUGCGGGAACUGGAAGGUGAACUGGAUAGGGAGCUCCAUCGCAAAGCAGAGGUCCAAAGGGAAACUCGCAGACUGGAACGAGGCAUCAAAGAACUGACCCGUCAGGCAGAAGAGGACAAGAAAAACCUGAGCAAGAUGCAGACUCUGGUGGAUAAACUUCAGUUGAAAGUGCAGAGUUACAAGCAGCAAGUGGAGGCAGCGGAGGCACAGGCCAGUCAAUAUCUCUCCAAGUAUAAGAACCAACAACAUGAGCUGAAUGAAGUGAAGGAAAGGGCAGAGACAGCAGAAUCUCAAGUCAAUAAACUCAAGAUUAAAGCAAAAGACUUUGAAAAAAAG